CAGCAAGCAGUCUGAAGUGUUCUUAUUAUACCUCAGUGGUUUGAAGCCAGUUGUGUGCCAGGUGACAGUAUUGCACGACACGUCAAGAGUAUCCCCACUGUAAAGCAUGCCAAAAGUUGCACUGGUGACUGGUUCCAAUAAGGGGAUUGGAUUUGCAAUCGUGCGGUCGCUUUGCAAGCAGUACAAUGGUGAUGUUUUCCUUAGUGGCCGGGAUGCUGGCCGUGGAACUGCGGCUGUCGAGAGCCUGAAUUCUGAAGGGCUGAAACCUCUCUUCCAACAGCUUGACAUCAACGACCCAGAAAGUGUGCGCGCGGCCCGAGAUUUCUUCAAGGAGAAAUAUGGUGGCCUUGAUGUGCUCAUUAACAACGCUGGGAUUGCCUUUAAAAAUGCUGAUACUACACCCUUUGGAACCCAAGCUGAGGUGACUCUCAAAACGAACUUCUUUGCCACAAGAGACAUGUGCAAUGAGUUUCUCCCCAUUAUCAAACCAGGAGGGAGGGUGGUGAAUGUGUCCAGUGGUAUGAGCUCCAUCGCCUUGAACCGCUGCAGCCCUGAACUCCAGGCCCGGUUCCGCAGCAAUGACAUCACAGAGGAGGAGCUGGUGGGGCUGAUGGAGAGGUUUGUCCAGGAGGCCCAGGCAGGGGCGCACUCCCAGGGGGGCUGGCCCGACACAGCCUAUGGGGUGUCCAAAACAGGCCUUACCGUGCUCUCCAGGAUCCACGCCCGCAAGCUGAGGCAGGAGAGACCAGCUGACCAGAUCCUCCUGAAUGCGUGCUGCCCAGGCUGGGUUAGGACUGAUAUGGCUGGGCCCAACGCCACCAAGUCACCAGACGAAGGCGCCAUCACCCCCGUUUACCUGGCCCUGCUUCCUGCGGGGGCUGGGGAGCCGCACGGACAGUUUGUGUCAGACAAGAAGGUCCAGCCGUGGUGAGGAUUAGGUCAUCGAGUAAUGGGUGUAUUCUGGAGGGGUUUUCAGAGUCUGGCUGUUCUUAUCUGUGGGAAUGGGGGUUAAAUGCACUGUAUACAUUUUAAAGGACAACACCACAGGAAAAUUCAGAAAUGUUGAUUUUGGUACACAAAAAUUUGUAAACCCAGGUGUAUUUAAAAAAUAAUCCAAUCUCACUUUAAUUGUGUUUUUCAGGUCAAUGGAAAUAACCAUAUUUUUAGCAACUACAUAUGAUAUUGUAUUUAUUUAAACAUUCUAUAAACUUGAACUUAUUUUCACACAAUGUAUCAUGCUUAGUUAAUGUGCUUAUGUGUGGGAAAUACAGCACAUUGUGAAUGCCUUGACUUUAAAACGUGAAUUUUGUUUUUAUGUUCACUCGUUUGUCUUCCUUUUUAUUGUGGACUAUUAAAGGUGCAAAACUA